AGGGAUUUUGUACUGAUAGAAAACUCACUGUGGUCCUCUGACCAGCCCCUUCUGCUUCCAUCUGAGAGAGGAGAACUGAGCCAGUGGGAAAGAGACUUCUGUUGGUACUGCGAUGCUGAGUUCUAGCUUGACCACUGUGAAGAGUCUUCCUUUGAAGAAGAGACUCUGUUUACUGCUGAAACUCGUGUGCUUUGUCAGCUCAGUGUUAAUAUUCUGUGAAUUUUUAAUUUAUUAUGUGGUAAUUUUUCAAUGUCGAUGGCCAGAAGUGAAAGGUGGAGCUCACAAGGGUGAAAAAGAGACUUCAACUUCAGUCCUAAAGGCCAUAAUUUUAGCUGAUACUCACCUACUUGGUGAAAUCAAAGGACAUUGGCUGGAUAAACUAAGAAGGGAAUGGCAAAUGGAGAGAUCUUUCCAAACUGCCUUAUGGUUACUGCAGCCAGAUAUUGUUUUUAUUCUGGGAGAUGUCUUUGAUGAAGGAAAAUGGAGCUCACCUCAGGCGUGGGCAGAGGAUGUCAGGAGAUUUCGGAAAAUGUUUAGGUAUCCGCUUUCUACUGAGCUCGUGGUUAUCGCUGGGAAUCAUGACAUUGGAUUUCAUUAUGACUUUGUCAUAGUGAACAGCGUGGCCAUGGAGGGCGAUGGCUGUGCUGUCUGCCGUACCUCAGAGGCAAAGCUUGUGGCGCUUUCCCACAAACUGAACUGUUCCCAGCAGAAACCGAAUCAUUCCAACAAAGGGUGCAGUGAUGUGGAAAAGCUUCCAGCUUCAGAACCCAUCCUUUUACAGCAUUACCCUCUGUACCGGAAAAGUGAUGCUGAGUGCAGUGGAGAAGAUUCUGCUCCUCCAGAGGAGAAGAACAUCCCAUUUAAAGAAAAGUAUGACGUACUGUCCCAAGAAGCAUCACAAAAGCUGAUAUGGUGGUUUCAUCCCCGUUUGAUUCUCAGUGGACAUACACAUAGUGCUUGUGAAGUGCUGCAUGCGGGGAAAAUUCCAGAAAUCAGUGUCCCAUCAUUCAGUUGGAGGAAUAGAAACAAUCCUAGUUUCAUCAUGGUGAGUUUAAAUUUUUUUUAUUUUUGUCAGAUAACUUUCAUAAAUAAAUCAACAUGGCAGUCAGCUAUAUUUUAAAACUGAUUCUACCUGUAAAAACAAAAAUAAAAAAAUUGCCUACCCACCCAACCCACUCAGUACACUGCAUCCACUUUAUAAAGUACAUCUGUGGGAGCCACAUGUUCUGUGUGGUACAAAGCAGUGCUGUUAAAGGUCUAAUUAGUAUCUGGGUACAAGCAUCUAACAUUUUCUUAUAAAGAGGGUGUGUUGUAAACUACUGACUUGUAAAAAUAAUCAGUAUUGUGCACUGAACAGUAGAAAGACUAGUUUGGCUUGGUUGAUUUACCAGCUAUGAAAACAAGACCGUAUCCACCUCAAACUCUUUGCAUGGUGAUCACGGUUUUCAAACUUGUGCAUUAACCGCGUCACACAGUGAAAAUGUUUGUCACGUGCCAAGAGGCUGCCCCCGCAUUUCCAACUCACGUUUCACACAGUGCGUUGGUUAUGCUCUUGCAGGCAGUUCCAGUGCUCAGUACAUCCGUAGAGGUAAAUCAGUUAGUUCCCCAGUUCAAAAAUAAAACAGAACUCCUAGAAACCUGGAGUAAGAAGCAAAACCUACAGUCUGUUUACAUAGUCUGUGACUUGGAAGGGGACAAAUCUUUCAUGGGUUUUUACUGCUGUUGAGUUUAAGCUGCUUAAUACACAGAUAACCCCGAACUUGAAAAUUCAUUUUAUGCAACUGUUAAUAGUUCUUGUUGAAAGUAGUUCUGUUUAUUCCAUAUUCCUGAGAGUAGCUGCCUUCAAACUACACACGCUCUGUGCACAUGCCAGGCAGUGCAUCUUCACUGCAAGAACAAGAGGUUGGCUAAUUAAAGUUGCAUCAUCUUCACUACUGUUUUAACUUGGCCUCAGUCCGUUGUAAACUUUAAUCUGAACUGCAAAGUCAAGCCAAAACGCAAUCAAGUUCUUUGUUGUUCGGAAUCUGGAUUAGCCAAUGUGUUUUUUGCAGCAGGUACUGGGUAGGAGGAGGGCUUGUGGGGAGGAAGGGGCACAUUCACAAAACCUAACUUUAGCCUGGGAAGGCUCCUUCCCGGUGGAUUUACAGGAGCUAAAGUUAGGCUUCUCUUGAAGGCAGAUCAGAUGAGGAGCCC